ACAGCAACGGCGGCUGGUCGCUUAGCAACGCCGAAGAAGCCGUCCUAGGAGCAGGUGUGAUGGCGGUGCCCAGCGGUCUGGUGCCCUCCCGCUUCCUGACGCUGACAGCCCACCUCGUCAUCGUCAUCACCAUCUUCUGGUCACGGGAGAAUAACGUCCUGGCCUGUCUGCCGCUGGAUUACACACAGGAGCAGUUCAAGGCCGCGGAUACAGAGUUGAUCGUGGCGCUGUCGGUGACAUUGGGGAUGUUCGUCAUUGAGUUUGCCGGAUUCUUCUCCGGGGUUUCCAUGUUCAGUAACUCGCAGAGCCUCCUGUCCAUCGGAGCCCACGCCAGCGCCAGCGUUGCUCUCCUCUUCUACCUCUUCGAGGGCUGGACGUGCGCGGUGUACUGGUGGAUAUUCGCUCUGUGCAGUGCGCUCCCGGCCUUCACAGAGAUCAUCAUCUUCAUCGCUGUGUUCGGACUGAAGCAGAAGCCCCUGUGAUGUCAGCCCCGUACAUGCGUAAAGACGGACAAUCACCUGUGGCGCCAUUUAUAGACACGACCGUCUCCUCCGGCUGCUGAAAAUGAUCUAAAGCCAGCGGUGACACCUAGUGGAGUGUGAGGGAACUUCACCCUGCGCCCUCCCUGUUAGAUAAGGUCCAUUUAUGGAGGAACAUUUCACUUAAAGGGGUAUUCUGGUUUUGUAACGUUAUUCCCUUAUCCACAGGGUAGGGGAUAACUAUCAGAUAAAGAGAUUGGGGGCCCCGUACCCCGUGGAGCCCCUGAAACAGCCGCUCCAUUCAUCUCUAAGGCAGUUGUAGAGCUUGGCUAGUGCUGUACUCCCAUAGAAAUGAUUGGAAUGCGCAUGCUCGACCGGGGGG